CGGUCCUAAUCGGCUAGGCAGUGGUGCCAGGGAGAGACCAGAAAAAUGACCGAAAAAAAGUAAGGUCUCGCCACUUCGGGAACAGAUGUCCUGAUCCCACUGCCUUGACCAGCGGCUUGUCCCUGAAAUACAUAGCAUCCCCUCCCCAGCACUUCAUUCCUCUUUACACAUCUGAGUCUCAUCUUAUUACUAUCUCAAUCCUCCAAUUGCAGCUGGUUAAGUUGUAGCAAUUGUCUGUCUUCGGUGCUACACUAUAAAUCUGCUUUAGGCAAGAUAAACACAAUGAAUUCGACGCUACUUGCGGCCCCCCCUGAUACUUAUUGGGGCCAAUUCGAGGAGAUUUCGAAAUACAACACCCAUCUGAAUCUGAUCGAGAGACUAUGGACAACGUGGUAUGCGUGGAUGCAGAAUGAUGUGCUCGCUACAGGCAUUAUGUCUUUUUUGAUGCACGAAAUUGUCUAUUUCGGGCGCUCUUUGCCUUGGAUUUUCAUUGACAGUUUGGGGUUGCUCAAAAACUUCAAAAUUCAAGAUAACAAAAUACCCUCGUUACAGGAGCAAUGGAACUGCGCCAGAUUCGUGCUUCUUAGCCACUUCACUGUUGAAUUGCCUCAAAUCUGGCUGUUCCACCCAAUGGCUCAAUUCUUUGGACUUUCGACCUCAGUUCCUUUCCCUUCUGUGUGGACCAUGGCCUAUCAGAUCGCGAUAUUCUUCGUCUUGGAGGACACGUGGCACUAUUUCUCUCACCGCGCUCUUCACUGGGGCCCCUUAUACAAGGCCAUCCAUAAGAUUCACCAUCAGUAUUCUGCACCUUUCGGUAUGGCAGCCGAGUAUGCGUCUCCAAUCGAGGUCAUGAUCCUUGGGUUCGGCACCGUCGGCUGUCCAAUUCUCUGGUGUGCAGUAACUGGAGACUUGCACAUCUUCACCAUGUACGUUUGGAUUGUGUUGCGCCUGUUUCAGGCCAUUGAUGCACACAGCGGUUACGAAUUUCCUUGGAGUCUUCAUCAUUUUCUCCCAUUCUGGGCUGGUGCUGACCAUCACGACCUCCACCACGAGAAAUUCAUUGGCAAUUAUUCGAGCAGCUUCCGGUGGUGGGACUACCUACUCGACACUGAAUAUUCCCCUGAGGCUCUCAAGCGGCGAAGGGAAAACAAGGCUGGGGCAACGAAGAAGGCGGAAUGA